AUGGAACGUGCAACAGGAACAGAGGUGUUCGGGUGUGGCUCAACCCAUUCCUCGGACAUAACGCUGAAUAUACAAACGACGACUGGUGGUAAUUUCUCCAUUAGCGUGAACUGUAAAAAUUCAGUGGAGUACCUGAAAAAACUCGUUUCAAGGAAAUUGAAAGUGUCCAAGGAUCGAAUAUGCUUGUUACAUCGCGAAAGACAACUUAUUGAUGGGACUUUAGAAGAAAAUGGCCUACUGGAUGGGUCGCGUGUCAUUUUGCUGCCGAGCGUCGAAACUGGACUCUUGACUCAUAGAUCAGAGAACUCAGUAAUGCAAGCAUUAGAAACUUUAAAUGACAAUCAAGUGAAUGACUUUUUGAGUGGAAGGUCACCCUUGAAUCUUACCAUGAGGCUAGGGGACCACAUGAUGCUAAUACAGCUACAGUUAUCAACCCUCAACUCUAGUCGUUCAUUGAGAAAUUCAGCUAAAGCCUCUCAAGCAAAAGCUGAGUCCAAGGAAGCAACUAAUUCCCAAGCUUCUGCCCAAAAGGCUCAAGCAGCCACUGCCUCUUCUAGUAAAGACAAACACAAAGAGGAGUUACGUUUUGAAAAACAUGAUUUAGAUUUAUUGCAAAAUGCUUUUGACUUGUACAGAUCUAUGGCUGAAGAGAAGUAUGGUGACAAAAGUGACACAAACAAAGAGGAUGGAAAUUCCUCAAAUUGUACUUUGUCAGAUCUAGCUGAAACCUCUGGGGAAAGUGAUCAGUCACCUAUUAAGUCCCUAUCAAAUCUGGUGUCUAGUCCAAUACACUCUACCCCUGAGAACAGAGAUGCUAAGGCAAUUGCAAAUUCAGUGAAAAGCAGCCUGCUUGACUUGUUAUCAAAUAAAUCUUCCAUUGAUAUGCCUUCUACGAGCUCAUGUGACAAGCCAUGUGCAUCUACAACACACACUGAUAGUUCUAUGAGUGAUGAUAGUGAUAAUUUUACAGAGCAAAGUUCAUUUCUUGCCGAGAAUACAAUAGAUGAAUAUCCUAUGGAGAAUUUAUUUAACAGUGCAGUUGACAAAGGCCUAUUUACUGAACAUGACGAAACAAUGAUGGACCGUGAGAUAUCUAAUUUAGCCACAACCAGCCAUGGCACACAAGAAACCACAGCAGGACCACUGCCGUCAUUUCAGAGCAUCAAUGAGCCAUUGAAAAAUAAGCGUUUCCAAUAUUUACUUCACAAGACAUCAAAGUUUAAGCAUCCUAUCAGCCAGAAUAAGCAGAAGGCAUUUUUGCAAGUGGCAAAUAAGAAAAGAAGCAUACAAAUAGAAAGUGUCACUCCACAACCGUCUACCUCAAAGUCAGAGCCUUCAGUGACAAAGAUUGCUACGGGCAGUCAGACUGAUAUAUAUGCAAUACCCUCAACUUCUAAGCAAACACCUAUUGCAUCCACAUCAACUGAAGAAAUUCCAGUUAUAGACACCAGUGCUCUUAAAGAAGCAUCCAGGAGCCUCACUCAAAAGCUACGUAAACUAUCAAAGGAGGUUUUGACAAAAAAAAUUGAUAUCAAGACAUUAGAACAGUCAGUGCGGUCCAAAAUUAGUCCGGGUGCUGUUAUUGAGUCUAUGAAACAUCACGGCCGAGGAAUUUAUUCUGGAACAUUUUCUGGUACAUUGAAUCCUGCCCUUCAAGACAGAUAUGGCCGACCAAAGAGAGAUAUAUCCACCAUCAUACACAUUCUAAAUGACUUGCUGUGUGCCACGCCGCCUUUAGGACAGAGGGAUUUAAAACACAGCUGUAGCGGCCAACUGGACGACAAAUGCCCAAAUUGCAGUCAAGCGACCUGUUCCUACGGUCAAUGCGAUGGACAUCCGUCCACAUCAAGAAAGUCAUGUACAUGUGCCAAGGAAUGCCACUGUAGCCGUUUAAAUCCACCAGUUUGUGCAAACUGCGAAGGCAAGAACGAACUAUGCCAAAAGUGCACAGUGGCCAAAACUCUAGCGAUCGAAAAUACCAAAACAAAAUGUAAAUUGGAGCAAUUAAGGCUGGUUAUGCAGCAGAAGAAGCAAAGAAGAGAGGCUCGCAAACUCAAGACUCUGCCGUACAAACCCCCUAAGCCGAUACCAACUCCGGAACAGGAAGAGAUUGAAACGAUCGCUUAG